UACCGAAGAUAGGUUGAGUCAACUGUCUAUCAACGAUUUUACAAUUUGGUUGCUUAGCGGCGUAGGCUGGACGUGGAAACGUGGUGACAGGAAUCAAGCAAAAAAUUAUUUCAUGCUGGAAUGCUAACCCAAACGUAAUUUAAAAGGCAGUUUAACCAUUGAUUGUCAUAUCAACAGAUGCAUUUUCUGAGGACGUCAUUACCCUGGCCCCAGGUUGCUCCUCUCACCUUCCCAAAACUCUGCCCCUGCGGUCUGUGGUCCAUAUUUUAAAUGAAGAGGAGGGCUGAGGAUUCUGGCCCAAGGAAGGAAAGACACCGGUUGUAGUUGGUUCCGGUGAUGUGCCAUGGGCUACGACGUCACCCGGUUCCAGGGGGAAGUGGAUGAGGACCUGCUGUGCCCCAUCUGCAGUGGGGUCCUAGAGGAGCCCGUUCAGGCCCCUCACUGUGAGCACGCCUUCUGCAAUGCCUGCAUCACCCAGUGGUUCUCGCAGCAGCAGAUAUGCCCCGUGGACCGCAGCGUGGUGACGCUGGCCCACCUGCGCCCCGUGCCCCGCAUCAUGCGCAACAUGCUCUCUAAGCUGCAAAUCAACUGCGACAACGCCGGCUUUGGCUGCGUUGCCGUGCUGCGCCUGGACCAGCUGCAGUCGCACCUCAGGGACUGCCAGCACAACCCCAAGAGGCCCGUCCAGUGCGAGCAGGGCUGCGGUCUGGAGAUGCCUAAAGAUGAGGUGUCUAGCCAUAACUGCAUCAAACACCUGCGCAGCGUGGUCCAGCAACAGCAGGGCAAGAUCGCAGACCUGGAGAAGGCCUCUGCUGAACACAAGCACCAGCUAGCGGAGCAGAAACGGGACAUCCAGUUACUGAAGGCGUACAUGAGGGCCAUCCGCAGUGCCAACCCCAACCUGCAGAACCUGGAGGACACCAUUGAGUACAAUGAGAUCCUGGAGUGGGUGAACUCCCUCCAGCCGGCUCGCGUCACCCGCUGGGGCGGCAUGAUCUCAACGCCAGACGCUGUCCUCCAGGCGGUCAUCAAGCGCUCGCUCAUCGACAGCGGCUGCCCGCCUUCCAUCGUCAACGACCUUAUCGAGAAUGCCCACGAGAGGAACUGGCCUGCCGGCCUGGCCACGCUGGAAACGCGGCAGAUGAACCGGCGCUACUAUGAGAAUUACGUGGCCAAGCGUAUCCCGGGGAAACAGGCGGUGGUGGUGAUGGCCUGUGAGAACCAGCAUAUGGGGGAGGACAUGAUCCUGGAGCCAGGCCUGGUCAUGAUCUUUGCCCAUGGGGUGGAGGAGAUACUAUGACCGGGCUGGGGGUGGUGGAGAGCAGAGGGGGAGACUUCUGACUGACCUGAAUUGAACAAAGGAGAGGAGGGAGCAGCGGAUGCUAUGACACGUAUGUCUGCGUACUGAAUGGCACCCUAUUCCCCAUAGGCCCUAGUCAAAAGUAGUGCACUAUAUAGGGAAUAGGGUGCCAUUUUGAAUGUAGCCUAUGACACAGCAAGAGCAGGGGAAGAUCCUAUGACAGGGUAGGUUUAAAGGAGAUGAUAUGACACCAAUAGAAGGCUUUWGAGGGAAAACUAUGACAAUCGGGGGUAUGGUAGUAUCAAGUGGGGUUGUUGGAGGGACAGGUAAAAAUUGUUGGGGGGGGGGGGGGGAGAGUCUCCAACUAAGGGUAGAGGAAAUGGAAGUGAAGGGUAAACAUCCUGAAGGAGACGCACUAAAUCAGGAUUAUCCUGCUCUCUCUGCCUUAAACACAUUUUUUAUUUAGAGAAAUUAAAACUUAACAUGGAUUGAUCAGUCAUAGGAAGAAAGAAACAAAUAAGAUUGUAGCAUAAUCUGCCUUCUCCCCGCCCCCACUGCUGCUGACAAAAUAUCCCAUUGGCUGACUAUAAUGAGAUGACUCAUCUGCCCCCUCCAUAGCUUCCAGUUAUAUAUGACUCAUAGAGAAUUAUAGAGGCCUCUAGUGGCCAAAAGUCCGUAUUAGUAUGGGCAGUGCCAUUGAGGCCGUCCACCAUUUUAAUGUAGUUA